AUGAAGGCGGCCAUAGCCACAGGAGCCACAGCCAAAGGCGGGUUUAUACUCCCGAAUAAUAAAAGUAGUAGAACUGAAGAAUCCCACUGUCAUUCAUGGAAGAAGAAAACGGUCUUUCCCAAUCCCAAUUCCUAUCUGCCAAAGCCACCUCGGCUCUUAUUACUAGUAUGUGCCACUGCCAAUGGCACCAAUACCAGUACCAAUGAGCUGGGUCUGGGUGUUGGUGGUGGUGCCAAAGGCUCAGGAACCACUGCCAGAGGACGCAGACUUCUUAAAAUUCGUGAAGAGAAGAGGAAACGCGAGCACGAUCGCCUUCACAACUACCCUGCCUGGGCCAAAGUGUUGGAAGACGCCUGCAAAAACGAUGCUGAGCUGCGAGCGGUUCUUGGAGAUAGCAUUGGCAACCCUGAGCUCAUGAGGAAAAGGGUUGAAGAAAGAGUGCGCCAGAAGGGUAGGGACUUCAGCAAAUCCAAAACCGGUUCUGUCCUUGCCUUCAAAGUCACCUUCAGAGACUUCAAUCCUCUUGAUUCCUACAUAUGGUUUGAAUUCUAUGGAUCGCCAUCUGAUCGCGACGUCGAGCUCUUUGGCAGUGUUAUUCAGUCAUGGUAUGUUAUGGGACGCUUGGGUGCCUUUAAUUCUACUAAUCUGCAGCAUUGUUGGCAGCUUGCAAAUUCUUCCAUGGAGUAUAAUCCCCUCUAUGAUGUGGAUAAGGGUUUCAAAGUGAUGCCAUCUUCAUUUCAUGAUAUCAGUGACGUUGAGUUUCAGGAUAACUGGGGUCGUGUUUGGGUAGACCUUGGUACAGCUGACUAUUUUGCCAUGGAUGUGCUCCUCAACUGCUUGACCGUCUUGAGCUCAGAAUAUCUAGGCAUUCAACAGAUAGUUUUUGGUGGGCAUAGAAUUGGUGAUUGGGAAGAGGGGAUGACCAACACAGAGGAUGGAUAUAAGUACUUCAAGAUCUGA